AUUUCUUCUUGUUGCAUCAAUGAAACUGAUUAGCACAUGUUUUGACAAACCAGCUAUUGCAAAAGUAUCUCAUGAACGUUUCAAAGCUUUGAAAGUGUCGUUGAACGACUGGGUUCGCAUUCAGGAUGCGUAUCAGAUCAACUUUUGUCGUCUUCAACCUGCUGUAAUGAGCAACGAGUACUUGCUUUGCGAUUGUCUCAUUACAAAGUCCUCAUCGGAACCAUCCGCAGAAACCACCAUCACACCUGUUGACUCGUAUCGAGCUGCUCUUCGCGUGACAAUAGACGUCGAGGUCCAGGAUACCACUGUGAAGCAGUUGCGCGAUCUCGGCUUCAUAUACAAUCAAGGCACCACACUCCAGAAACUUGACUGCGUCAGGAACAUCUUAGACGGUUUACUUGUGGAAGCACAAAGCAUUGUUCACAACGAGUUAAAGUCAUCGACAUUGAAACUUACAGUUGUUUCUGUUUACCCCGAUAAUGGACCAGUGGUGAUAACACGCGGUACCCGAAUCAUACUUACUGAUUCAGCCGAUACCGGGAAAGAAUCAUCUGUCAACGAUUUGGUGAAAAGUUUAGGCUCGCUUAAUCUCGCUAAAACCGGCAGUGAGCAAUCGCAGAAACCUACGGGAUUGGAGAAGGCUUACGAGAGCCUGUUUGAGAUGGUGAGCUACCCGCUUCUAUAUAAGGAUUGGAUCGAUAGUCUUGGUAUCGAAUGCCCUAAAGGCAUCUUGCUUUAUGGGCCCCCUGGUGUUGGCAAGACUUUCCUUGUUUCCUCCAUAGCCAAGGCCUGCCAUGCAAAAAUGUUCGUCAUCCAAGGCGCCGAGGUUUACGGACCCUAUCUUGGUGAGAGUGAAGAAAAGCUGCGAGCGAAAUUUAAAGAAGCUCAAGAGUGGGGAGUCAAUCAGAAUGAGCCAGUCAUUCUGUUUAUUGAUGAAAUCGAUGCAUUGACGCCUCAUCGAAAUCAAGCACAAUCUCAUGAAAACAGAGUGGUUGCGCAGCUGUUGACGUUGAUGGAUGGUAUUCAUUCUCGUGGACGACUUAUCGUUGUAGCGGCUACCAAUCGUCCCAACAGUGUAGAUCCAGCUCUUCGACGACCAGGACGAUUUGACCGUGAGAUAUCGUUGGACGCUCCGGAUGUAUCUGCCCGGCGAUCGCUCUUUAGCACGCAGUUAAAGAAGAUGCCAACGGAUGAUUCAAUUGAUCUCGAUGCCCUGGCCGCAAUGACCAAUGGCUAUGUUGCUGCGGAUAUCGCCUCUUUAUGUAGAGAAGCUGCCACACAUGCUGUGCAGCGAACCAAAGUUCAUUAUACCAGCGAAGUAUUUGUUUGUAUGGCGGAUUUCAAGGCAUCCUUUUCAAUUGUGGGCCCGUCUUUACAAAGAGGGUUCCAGGUACAAGUAGAAAAGACCACUUGGAAUGAUAUAGGAGGACUGGAAGACGUAAAAAAGAGAUUGAAGCAAGCUGUAGAGUGGCCUAUUCUCCACAAAGCGUCUUUCUUACGUUUGGGGCUUAAACCCCCUCGCGGAAUCUUGUUGUAUGGACCUCCAGGUUGCAGCAAGACAACUCUGGUGAAGGUGAUUGCCUCGUCGUCGGGAGCGGCUUUCUUGUCCAUCAAUGGAGCGCAGCUUUAUUCACCUUAUGUGGGUGAUUCAGAAGCAGUUGUUCGUGCGACAUUCCAGAAAGCGCGCUCGUCAGCCCCGGCCAUCAUUUUUCUUGAUGAAACUGAAGCUAUUGUUGGCAAACGCAAUAUGGGUUCCGGAGGAUCGAGCGGUGAUAGUGUGCAGGAGCGCGUCUUGUCCACUUUAUUGAACGAAAUGGAUGGUGUAGAGACAGCCGAGUCGGUCCUAGUGGUGGGUGCUACCAACAGACCUGACAUGCUCGACGCGGCGUUAUUACGGCCAGGACGAUUUGAUCAACUUGUGUACGUUCCACCACCUGAUUUUGAAGCACGGUGCGAGAUUUUACGAAUCCAUACGCGGCAUAUGCCCCUCGCUGAUGAUGUUGAUUUGCAAGUCAUUGCACAAAUGACUGAUUUAUACACUGGUGCGGAUCUUUGUAAUGUUUGCCGAGAGGCGGCUAUGAUUGCUUUGCGCUCGCUACAAACCGCUACCAAUGUGAAUAUGUCUCAUUUUGAAGAAUCCCUUGCGACGAUUCCCCCGUCUAUUUCUGCAGAAGAACUCAAUUCAUAUGAACGUGAUCCUCAUUCAUGAACGGCGAGCGAGAUCCAUACCAGUCCUACUUUGUACAUAACAUAGAUAUCCAGCUUGUCCUUUUUAACCCAUUACAUAUCUGAACAAUUAAAUCUUUGGGAAAUUAGCGAUUUUGUAAAGCACAUGUUCUACACCAAGUUAUCAGGACCUGUUAAUUCUUUUUGCACCUUUUUUUUUUAUCUUCCAACCACGCCUCGCUGCCCA